UGCCGCGUCGUCGGUCGAUACAAUGUUACCACCCCGGCAAACUACUCGAUACCGCGGUAUACUAUUGCUUACCGGACGCUAUGUCGCGUAGCGUACAAAGACCGCAGACAACAAAUUAAUAAAAACUCGACAAUCGUACACUCGCCGGUCUUUUUAUGUUUGCCCGGUUUCUUUUUUGUUAACCGUUUUUAACGUUCGCGUCUAGGUGGGUGUGGUGCCUGCGUUCGGUCGAUGUUCUCCCCUGUCGUGUCGUCACUCGUUUACGUUUCAACUUUUAACGGUGGUUGCAAUUGUUGUGUAUCACCGUCGUUCACCCGUUCGUUACGUAAUGGCCGCCGUCCGCUUGUUCACGUAGUUCGAACGCGCGUGCUUAGUUUUUACCCGGCUGCGACGGAAUUGUUUCGGGCGAUUCACGUUAUUUUGUUUACAACGCUCAAAUUGUCUGCCUACUUUAAUUAUUCACUGGAUACUUAUCACUAGUACAAUGGGUGUCUGUUUUCUUUGUGAUACAAAAUUGUACGGUGAACGUACACGGGUGUGUUCAAGCAUUACACCACAUAGUAAUGUACCAUACCCAGAAAAAAUUGUUGAGCUUAUGGGAGAUGAAUUUGUGGUCAUUGUGACCCCUGCAGAUCACAUGUGCAAGAAAUGUACUUCUCUUUUGACUCAUAUGGACAAGUUGGAAAAUGAUCUGAAACUUGUUAAAAAUGCAAUGUUGUCAUAUAUACAAAAGAAAUAUGGAAUAUUGCCUCCAGAUCAGGCUGUUAAGGGUGUUGAGAUUGUCAAUGGACAUUUAAAGGCAGAGGAACAACUAGAACAAGGUCAGCGUAAAGUACCUAGUGGUCUGACAGUAGGAGUUUCUCCUACUGUAACUACUGCUGCUGUAGUUACUCCGGUUCAAACUCCAUUAAAAUUGUUAAAAACGCCGCAGCAGCAGCAGCAACAACACCAACCACAACAUCAACAACAACAACAACAACAACAACAACCACCACCAACACAACAAGAAAGUGCUAACAAAAUGAAAAUAUACAAGUGCGGCUUUUGUACAUUCCAAUCGAAAGAGCUUGGUCAUGUUCGAUUCCACAUGCGCACUCAUAUGAACAAAAAGGAGCCUGAAAAACCUAUUCUUAAUCAAGCAGCAGCUAAAGCGUUAACUCCGGUUCCACAACAGAAGAAAAGACUUUAUAGAUGUCAAGUGUGUUCUAAAUCAUUUGAUAGUCGAAUUAAUUGUCUCGACCAUAUUCAAAAAGACCAUAAUCAGCCAACUCCAUCAACCUCAAAUGGAGAAAGAGAGCCGGAAGAUUCUCGUCCGGUUUCAAACAAAGUUAUGAAACCAGAACCAUCCAAGGCUCAAGAAAAUAAUCCACAGACAGAGUCUCCUAUGGAUGUGGACGAAAAUCAACAAGAUGACAAUAAAGGCACUGUGGACACGGAUAUGAUGUUAAAUGACAAUGUCGUCCCCACCGAAGGAUCUACGAAUGUUGAACAAGAAGAAGGAAAUGAAAAUACAGGCGAAGGAGAAGAAACUGAAAACUCUCAAGAAGAUAAGACUGAAAAAGAAGUCAAAUCCAAAAAAAAACCUGAGCCUGCACAAGAAGAAGCCGCUGAAGAAGAAGAGGAUGAAGAAGAUACAGCCGUGCCUGAACAAGAAGAAGCUGAUCAAGAAACUCCAGACAGUGUUGAGAAAGAAAUUGAUGAAGAAAAUGCAAAUGUGGAAAACAAAACAGGAGACUUGGACAUAGAAUCAAUGUUAGCAGCAAUCCAUAAUGAUAAUCCUACUAACAAUGGGGAUACACAAAACAAAGAUUAAGAUUUUAUACAGCUUAUUUAAAAGUUAGUAAUCAAUUUUAUAUUUUUAAGCUCCAGUUUCAUAAUUUAAAAAUUAUUUUUCCAUUAAGUUUUUUUUUCAAAUAUUUUCUUUUAAUAACUUUUAAGUGGUAUAAAUUAGGAGACUGUAUUAUUUAUUAAAAUAUUAUAGAUUAAACCACAAUUUUUUUUGCAUAAAUUAUUUAGGUAAGGAGUACGUUUAAAAACGACAUUAAAAAAUUUGAUAGAUUUUAGAAUACAAUAAACAAUUCUAUUUAAUGAAUCACUUAAAUUAUACAAUAACUGAUAGUAAUAUUUAAAUCAAAUUAACAUAAUGCAAUAAUGUUAAAAUUAAUGCCUAACAGUAGUUAGUUUCUACUUACAUAAAAGUAUGUUCUUAUAAUAUAUUUCAACCAUGUACCUAGGUUAUACUCAAUACUAUCCAAUUUCCAAUAAUAAUCGUGUUAAAGGCAAUUUACAGACAUCUAAAAAUGCAUUCAUAGUUUUUGUUAAAUCAAAAUUUAGACAACUACAUUUGCAUACUUCAAAAAUGUUAUGUUUAUCUAAAAUAAAAUAAUAUUUUAUAAGUAAUAAAAUCAAUAAAAAUAUAUAUAAUAACAGUUAUUCAUUUUUGUUUCUCAGUUUUAAAAGUAUUAAGUGAUUUAUUAAAAGUUAAAAUUUAAAAUUAUUCAUUUAUACUAAUAAUUAUGCUAUGGUUAUGAGUAGAAAUAAUUGAAUUGCUUUUAAGAGACGACUUCAGAAAUAUACUAUGCAUUUUUACCUAAAUUUUGUCAUAGUUUUAAUAAUCUGAGAUUCAUCAAUAAUAGGGGAACUUAAUAUUACAUUAACCUACAUUUUCAUACAGAAGUAAAGUACUAAAUUAAAAUUGAAAUAAUACAAAGAUAAGAAAUUAAAAAAAAUUAUUUUUUUAAAGAUUAUUUUUAAGACAAGUUCAAGGUCACAUAAAUAUGCCUGAAUCAUUGUCAAAAUGUCCAUCGUCUAAGCUUAAUAAAUGAUCUUAGGAGGUAACAUUAAAAUAUGUUUACGUUAAGUAGUAAAAAUAGUAACACUUCAAUUUGUAGUAAUAUAUAAAACAUUAUAUAUUAUGUCUAUUAGUCCUUAAUUUUUGUUUAUUAUUUCCUAAAUGUGUAGCUUAGCAGCUAAGCUGCUUAUAAUACAACAAAUUAUUCUUCUGCUCUGAUCACUAAUACUUUUAACACUAAUUCAAACGCAUAUAAAUAUCCUUGAAAUAUUCAAUGUCAUAGUUUUAAUCAAUUAGUGUACGCGAUAUCAUUAAAUUAUAUUUCCGUACAGUAGUAAAGUACUAAAAUUAAAUAAAUAGUAAUAAAAAAAAUUAAAUUCAUAAAAAAAUGUACAUAUUAGUUUUAAAUUAAUUCAUUAGUAUUCGUGCAGUGAGUAAACUUUCAAUUUAUUAUUUAUUAAGACAAAUUCAGAGAUAAAAUUUGCAUGAAUUUUUAUCAGUCUUAAUAAUCUUAGUUUAAUCAAAAGUUGUACGACGUAAUAUUAAAUUACAAUAGCGUGCAGUUGUGUUAUGUACUAAAAAUUAAAUAUAAAGUAACAAAAAAAAAAAUUUAUUUUUUAGUAUAGUAUAGUUCUUAAUUUUUAUUUAUUAGUAUUAAAUGAAUUCAUUGAUAUUCAUGAAGAGAGUAUACAUUGGGCAAAUUAUUUAUUAAGACAAGUUCAGAGGCAUAAAAUAUGCAUGAAUAUUUGUCAUAGUUU